CAAGACACGCAGGGCAGCAGGGACACGGGAGGCACAAGGACACGGUGGGCGUGGGAACAUGGGGACCAGGACACGCAGGGCAGGGGGACAAGAGGGGCACAUGGAGCACAGGGACAUGCGGGGCCAGCGUAGAGGGUGCCCAGCACAGGUGGCACCUGGCACAGCACGGGCACCCGUGGCACAGGGAAGUGGCACGUGGCAGGACACGAUGGUCCGUGGCAGGAGCAUCGGUACAUGGUGGCCCAUGGCACACCCAGGCGGCCCGUGGCAGCAGUGGCGGGGCACAGGGACCCACGGGACACUGGGGUGGCACAUGGCAGAGGCUGCAGGGCAGGGUGGCACAUGGCAGAGCAUGGGAACCUGCGGCACUACAAGGUGGCACAUGGCACACGGGGGUGGCACACAGCAGGGCUGAGGGAUCCCUGAGCCAUGUCCCUUACGGACAGCGCUGAUGCUGACAGCAGAUCUGAGAAACCCGUGUCCCUGAUCUGGGGGUGUGAGCUGAGCAGCAAGCAGGACUCCUACACCUUCCAAGUGCCGGAGGAAUGGCGGUGCGAGCAGCAGCUGGCCCUGCGGACGAUCUGCCUGGGGGAGAUGGCAGAGGAUGAGUUCCACGUGGUGGAGAUCGUGCCAGCAGAGGAGGGGGAUGCUCAUGCCCCGGUGCCUGUUUGCACGCUGAAGCCAUCCGUGCUGCCCAUGGCCACAAUGGUGGGAGUGGAGCUGACACCUCCGGUCACCUUCCACCUGAGAGCCGGCUCCGGCCCCGUCUACAUCAGCGGGCAGCAUGUCUCCAUGGUGCCCAACCUGACCUGGGAUGAGGAGGAAGAAGGGGAAGAGGAGGAUUCUGGGGAAGAGGAACCACCAGAGUCCCCCGAGAAGCCCCCCAAGGGCCAAGCUGCCAAGAAGGGCAACGCUGCCAAGAAGAGGAGGCUGGAGAAGGAGGAUGAGCUGAACAGCAUCUCCCCUGAGGAUCCCCUUCCCAGCAAGGGGCGAGGAGCCAGCCGGGGCAGGAAGGCAGCAGCAAAGAAGUAGCAGAAGCUGUGGAGGAACCUGGCCAGGUGCAGAAGAGCCUGGAAAGCUGCUGCUUUGGUGUUGCCCUUCCCCAAUAAAGGCUGUUUUGCACA